AUGGUCAAGGAAACGAAGCUCUACGACCAGCUGGGCAUCAAGCCCAACGCCACCACUGAUGAAAUCAAGAAAGGCUACCGGAAGGCGGCCAUGAAAUGGCACCCCGACAAAAACAAGAACAGCCCUGAAGCCGCCGAAAAGUUCAAAGAAUGCUCACAAGCCUACGAGAUUCUCUCCGACCCCGAAAAGCGUAAAAUCUACGACGCCUACGGUCUCGAGUUCCUCCUCCGAGGGGGCGCCCCGCCUCCCGAGCCCGGAGCCGGCGGCGGUCCAACCUUCACCAGCACCGGCGGCGUACCCCCAGGCUUCAGCUUUGGCACCAUGCCCAACGGAGGCGCUGGCGGGUUCGCCUUUGGUGGACCGGGCGGCUCCUACACGUUCCGCAACGCUGAGGACAUCUUUGCCGACUUCGCUAGGUCCGACGGCGGCGGCGGCUUUGAGGAUCUGUUCGCCAACCUCGCCGGCGCCGGCGCUCGUUCCUACGGUGCUGGCGGCGCUGGCGGUCCCCGCACUCCUCGGUCUCGCGGGUCGGGGACCUUCAUGCGUGCUCAGCAGCCCGCUCCCGAGGUUAGCACCAUUGAGAAGCCGCUUGCUUUGACGCUCGAGGAGAUCUUCCACGGCGUUACCAAGAAGUUGAAGAUAAAGCGCAAGACGUACGAUGAGUCCGGGAAGCUUUCGCUUGUGGAGCAGAUCCUGGAGGUUCCUGUCAAGCCGGGUCUCAAGAAGGGUAGCAAGUUUAAGUUCCAUGGUGUUGGCGACCAAGUUGUUGAGGGAGGUCGCCAGGAUCUGCAUUUUAUUCUCGAGGAGAAACCCCACGCUCUCUUCAAGCGUGUCGACAACGACCUCGUCCGCGACAUCAACCUCAACCUCAAAGAGGCCCUCACCGGAUUCAGCAGGCGUGUCGACACCAUCGACGGCAAGCAGAUCCCCAUCGAAAAGGGCGGCCCCGUACAGCCCGGCAGCGAAGAUCGCUUCCCCGGCCAGGGCAUGCCCAUCUCGAAGAAGCCCGGCGAGCGCGGCGACCUCAUCAUCAAGUACAACGUGCAGUUCCCCACGACGCUUACGGCUCAGCAAAAGGCGAAGCUGCGGGAGAUUCUGUGA